CAUCUAGCUCUCUCCUCAGACGCUACUCUCUCUCUCUCUCUUUUCUUUCUUCUCUCUCUCCCCGCGCUGUCUCACUUUCAGACCGGCGAUUCGUCGCAGUCCGGUCGCGGCGACCGGCGCCAUCACCCCCAAACUAUUCCUCUCUUCCUCCUCUACCUAACCCACCCAUUGAUCGACGUCAACAACUCGAUAUCGUGCCGGAUUUUUGACUGGAAAACUGCCCACGCCGGCGCCGAUUCCGGUCACCUCAGGCCGUGCCACCACUUGGAAAAGGAAAAUUUGUCAAUUGUUAGGAGGGUUUGAGUGAAUUGGUGAAAAUGGGAAGCAAAGGUCGAAUUCCACCUGCUCAUCUUCGUCGACCACUUCCCGGACCCGACCCGUUUGGUCCGGGCAUACGCCCGCCCCAUGGUGCCUAUCCUCCAUUUGAUAUGUUGCCUCCUCCACAAGUUAUGGAGCAGAAGUUGGCUGCACAACAUGUCGAGAUGGAAAGGCUUGUAACUGAGAACCAGAGACUUGCUGCCACACAUGGAACCUUGAGACAAGAACUGGCAGGUGCUCAACAUGAGUUGCAGAUAUUGCAUGCCCAGAUAGGUGCUAUCAAGUCUGAGAGAGAACAGCAGAUGAGGGGCCUUGUGGAUAAAAUAGCCAAGAUGGAAGCUGAGCUGAAGUCAGCAGAGCCUGUUAAGUUGGAGCUACAGCAGGCUGGAGCUGAAGCCCAAAACUUGGUUGUGUCAAGGCAAGAACUCAUUGCGAAAGUGCAACAACUCAGUCAGGAUCUUCAGAGGGCUCAUACAGAUGUGCAGCAGAUUCCUGCUUUGGUAUCACAGCUUGAUAGCCUGAGGCAGGAAUAUCAGCAUUGCAGGGCGACUUAUGACUACGAAAAGAAAUUAUACAAUGACCACCUUGAAUCGCUUCAGGUCAUGGAGAAGAACUAUGUUACCAUGGCUAGGGAGGUGGAAAAGCUCCGAGCAGAGUUGCUGAAUAAUUCUAAUGUUGAUAGAAGAACUGGUGCUCCUUAUUAUGGAACUCCGGGAAAUAAUGAAAAUGAGGCUACUGGGCACGCAAUAGGACAAAAUGCUUAUGAAGAUAGCUAUGGUGUUCCCCAGGGACGUGCCCCCUUCCCUCCUGCUGCUGCUGCUGCAGGUGGUGGUGCUACAGCUGCUGGAACUCCUCCAUUAGUGGGAGCUCAACCUGGACCACCUGGAAGGACUGUUUAUGAUGCACCAAGAGGGCCUGGUUAUGAUGCCUCUGGAGGAUCUGGUUAUGAUGCACAGAGAGGACCUGGUUAUGAUGCACAGAGAGGAGCUCCCUAUGAUGCACAGAGACCUGGAUAUGAUGUGCAAAGACCAAAUUAUGAAGUGCAAAGAGGACCCGGUUACGAUCCAUCCCGGGGUGUCAACUAUGAUGCACAGUCUAGAGGUGCUGCUGGUCCUCAAGGACAUAUGCCUACAAGCAAUGCGCCUUAUGGUUCCGCAACACCACCUACUCGUGGUGGAAGUGGGUAUGAGGCACCACCACCACGAGGGGGAGGGGGCAACCCCGUUCGAAGAUGAGCUCAAGUCAUUACCCAAAUUAUCAAUGAAAUUGUCUAAGAAAUAGUGUAGUUGUUAGGAUAUCCACUCCACUAAAUCUCCGAUCGCCUGUUACGUUGUGUUUUUUGCCUGAGUUGGCUAUCUGAAUCUUUAUUUAGUCUUCAGCUUCUUUCUUGAUUCUUGAAUCUUGUAUGUGGUUGGGGAAAAGAAAAAAAAAAAACAAAACAGGUAUUCUGUAACCAGUUGUGCUGUGGGCAACGGACGUGGUGUUUGUUAUAGAAUUCAAAUGAGAAGAAUAUGGUUUUCAGUCA